AUGCCUGCUACACAGCGUCGACCAGAGUUUCCUGUAGACAGAGCUAUGCUAUGGCCGCUGUACGCAGCAGCACUACUUGCAGGCGACGUUGGGCAAGACAACAUGGCCGUGAGCAUUGUGGUGCUCUUCUACCGACGAGCUCUCUUGGCAGAGCGGUGGUCCUCCGUUGAUGAUCUAGGCAACUCCAUCUCUAUACACAACGAUGCACACAUGCUUGCUACACAGCGUCGACCAGAGUUUCCUGCAGACAGAGCUAUGCCAUGGCCGCUGUAUGCAGCAGCGCUACUUGCAGGCGACGUUGGGCACGACAGCAUGGCCGUGAGCAUUGUGGUGCUCUUCUGCCGACAAGCUCUCUUGGCAGAGCGAUGGUCCUCCGUUGAUGGAUCCAAUUGCGAAAGAUAUGAUAGUGGAAGAUAUUUCACUGGGAUUGUAAAUGUUGCCAAUGAAACUAUUUGUCGUCCUACACAACAAAUGACUGAGAUGAAGGGGCACGAAACAAAGAAGCAUGCUCUUGCUUUCUUUGGAGGCGCUAGUUUUAAAACUUCAGCGAUUUGGGUGGGGAGGAGGCGAGAUCGAGUUUGGGGUAGGCGAUUUCUAGGUUAG